AUGCAGCCAAAAGGGCGAAAUUCACGCAGUGAGGUGUUCUACAUCAGCAAGAGCUUCAAAAAGGCCGUCACUCUUCCACCAGCACGAGCAUGGCGAGUGAAAGAGACCGACGUUGCAGCACGAGGAUACGUCUUGUGUAUCACCAAAUCAAAGGGACUAUUCUUCGAUAAGAUGACCAACCUCGAGCCAAGAUUGCUUACCCUUACUCGAAGCGGAUUGCUUAUCAUUUACAAUAAAGAAGAUAAAGGAUACGUCGUGGACGUGAAAGACGCCAAAGUGAUGACGACAAAAACUGAUCACUUCCGCACAAAACAACAGUCAUACCGCCGAUGCACUCUGAAGCUCAAGUUCAAGUAUGGUUCUGUUUCUAUGAUCAUGUUCAAUGAAGAGAUCCCCGCAUGGAGAACAGCGAUCGCAACAGCUCAUGAUGGUUUGCUGCGAACUCGACUGCAUUUCAUUGGAAUUCACCGAGGUCCUCCACUGGCAAUGCAAAGACUGGAUAAAACCCUAAAAAAUUUGGAAGAAGCCGGUGCCUCUACUGAUGAACGU